GAGCUUCUACUGGUUAAAAGAUACAAUUGCAGAAUAUUCAGAUUGUAUGAGAAAAGUGUUUCAUGAAAUAGUGUUUUGAAUAGUAAUGCGUACCGAUGUUUUCGCGUGACACCUUUAAUGUUGUGAACAACCUCUUUGGGCACCUGGGAAGUCGCUGUCGCACAAUUUGUUGACGAGGUAUUAAUGCGUCGGAGAAGAAAGUCAGGAACCAACUUUGCAAACUAACGUCAGCAGGUAAUUCAGUUUAAAUACAAACGUGAGCUGAUGGUAGCUUCACCUGGAGCUACACAACACACAGUCUACAUUAGGACCACGUCAGGUUUCUUGUGCUGGCAAUGGGGGACAUGAAGACCCCGGAUUUUGAUGAUUUGCUGGCAGCUUUUGACAUUCCCGACAUUGAUGCCAAAGAGGCCAUUCAAUCAAGUCCAGAGGAGGACCAGGAUGAAGAAGAGGGAGAGAGUGGGUCUUCCUCGUGCUUCCCCUGCCCUCCUGCCUCACACAGUGACCUCCCUGUGGUCAGUGUUAUUGUGAAGAACACAGUACGAUCUGAGUCCAUGGAAGAGGAGAAGUCUCAGAGCGAUAUAACUGUCACAGUGCAGGACCUCACCUCACAGUUUGGUCCAAAAAAGCCUGCAGAUGCCCCUGUGGAGCCACAGAUUGCCAAUGGCUUCGAGGGAUCUGUCCACGGGGACCAGGGACAGUCCAAUGCAGAGCCAUGGCACCCUUGUUCAUCGUUGAUGAAUGCUUCUAAGGGAAAAAAUGUUAAAGGAGCUGAGGUUGGAUUGGUCCAACACGUGACUGAUGUCAUAAAAAGUUUGAAACCCCUGCCCUAUCUCCAGUCUUCGACUAGGGCUGGUCCUAACUCCUCAACCACCCCCUCCCCACACCCAGGCAGUCCUGACCUUCCUCAACCCUCACCUAAAAAGGACACAACUUGUCUCCUCAGUAAUCCAUCAUCUUCCCCUUCGUCACAAAAUGGGAGUAUUAAGGCUGGAUUUAAACAUGUUAUGCACUCGGAUGAAGAUGACUCAGAACCAGACUUUGGAAGUCCGCUGGUGAUCCAGGAGAGCCCAGAAUCUGUAAUGUCCUCCCCUCCAAAAUUUAAAUACAGAGCCAAACUACAGUCUGAGCUUCUUGGGUCUCCUGAAUCCCUUCCCUGUAUUGUCUCAACGUCUUAUCGUCCUCUGCCUUCUCUUGCACCUGCAACACCUAAACCCAAACUUGAGGAGCAGGGGCCACCUACCACCCUCGGUUGUCUCUCCAAAGCUCCUCAACCACAGAGUCCCCAGGACUGCCUCCCCUCUCUCAGCACAGGCUCUGCAUCAGUCCAAGAGGAUAAAUACCCAGAGCAUGUGAUUGAUGAACGAGACUCACCUGAGAGCCCACCGCCCAGCGAGACAGGUCUUGUAGUCCCCAAGAGAUGCAGAACUCCGGAUUCGGCCCAAGCAACAGCAAACCACAAGGACUUGGGUCACGAAGAGGAUAUCAUGGAAGAUGAUCCCAAAGAAGAGGACAAGUCAGGUGAGGAGCUGAGUGCAAAGGGGGCUGGAGAUGAGGAGAAUUUAAACGAGGAGAGCUGUGAGGGUCCUGGGUCUGCUCGCGCUGCAGACACAUUUUCAUCUCAAUUGCGUCCUCUCAAAGUUAAAAUCAAAAUGCCUCCAGGUAGCAUGGCAAAGACUGUUGGCCCUAAAAAAAGUGGGAAAACUAUCCCCAAGGGUGUGAAUAGUUCAAAACCUUCACUAGAGCGUCACAACACAAGAUCCAAGAGGGAGUUUUCGCAGCAGACUCGGUUGCCUGCAAUCGCGAUGCUCCAGGAUGCCUGUGCUGCAACGCUGGAAGGUGCCAGUAUGGUCAAAGAAAAAAACGCACUGGACGCCAAGCCUAAAGUUUCCCCAACAGCUGUUAGCAUCACCAAAACUGCAGCCCUGCCUACCAUCUCCGUCGCCACUCCGAGGGUCAGCCCGGGUGGGAUCAACACUCGCAGCCUGGGUCAUAAAGCUCUGAACAGUGGGAUGACACUUCCUGCACCUUCACCUUUGCUUACGCCUCAAAGUAGCAGCAGACCAGCCUCAAUAGUUAACAGUACUGGGGCAAUCAUAUCCAAGACUCAGACCAACCUGGUAGAAGCUUUCAACAAGAUCCUCAACAACAAGAACCUCCUGCCCAGUUAUAAACCAGAUCUCAGCUCACCGCUUCCUGCAGAGUGGGACCUUCCUCUACCUGCACAGGGUUACCGCUGUUUGGAGUGCGGUGAUGCCUUUGCCUUGAAGCAGAGCUUGGCGCGGCACUACGAUCGUCGCUCGCUCAGGAUUGAGGUGACCUGUAAUCACUGCGCCAAACGGUUAGCCUUCUACAACAAGUGCAGCCUGCUGUUGCAUGCCAGAGAACACAAGGAGAGAGGCCUGAUCAUGCAGUGUUCACACCUGGUCAUGAAACCUGUUCCAGUGGAGCAGAUGAUUGGCCACCAGGAACCCACGGCAACUGGAUCAUCAUCAUCAUCCUCUUCAGGCCAGGCCACCCCAGCACCCAUGCCACAUCAAGUAGUAUCCAAGAAGAAAGCAGAGGCCCUGCAGUACAUCAGUAAUAAAUGUUCCGAGUGUCAGGCUCAGUUUCAUAGCAAAGAAGAAGUGGCCGAGCAUUUCCAAGAAAUCAAACCAGCACAAACCUCUUCGUGCACAGAGUGCUCUCCUCCAAUGCUUCUGCCAAACAGCUGCAGCUCUGCAGCUCAUCAACGCAUCCACCAAGGCAGUCCUCCACACGUCUGCCCAGAGUGUGGUGGCACAGCCAAGCAGCCGCUAUUUCAGACACACCUCGACGAGACCUGUUUACACUUUGCCCGACGCAUUGGAUACAGAUGUUCCAGUUGCCUGGUGGUGUUUGGGGGGCUUAACUCGGUGAAGUCUCACAUUCAACAGGCUCAUUGUGAUAUGUUCCACAAAUGCCCCAGCUGUCCUAUGGCUUUUAAAUCUGCUCCCAGCAUACAGAACCACAUUAGUUCCCAACAUCCAGCGGUCACUGAAGGACAGACUAUGUCAAUAUAUAAAUGUGUCAUGUGUGACACGGUUUUUACAAACAAGUCUCUGCUGUACGUCCACUUUGACACUCAUUUAACCAAUCAAAAGGUGCAUGUGUUUAAAUGCCCUGAGUGCACCAAGUUAUUUUCUCAGAGGAGUUCCCUUCUGGAUCAUUUCAAGACCCAUAAGACUCUCACGUUAAAACAAGAGGUACCUUCACCUCCAGCUGCUUCCUCUCGUUCGCGGCCCUCGGUGAAGUUGGAGAGCUCCGAUAGAGAGGAGUGGAUGGAUGAAGAGAAAGUGAAGACUGAGAGGAUGAAGGCCCCCUCCGGGUGGAAGUGUGCACCUUGCCAUGCACGCUACACAGACCGGGAAGACUACAUUAAGCACAUGGCUGAACAACAUAGCAAGAAUCUGAAGAAGUUUCCUUGUAACAAGUGUGAGAGCUCCUUCACCACCACUUCCAGUAUGAGACGUCACAUCAGAGACAAACACAAAGUAAUGAACCGUUGCUUUCGCUGCCAGUUCUGUAGUGAGGGUAAGAAAACAUUCAGCAGCAGAGCGACGUUGGAGAAACAUGUUCAGCAAAGACACAGCAUGGAACCAGAGAGCCAGAACACACAGCUAGCAGGCAGAGAUGAGGCCGACAGUUCCUCAGAACAGGACGGUAGUUUGUCGGCUGGCCGGAGAGGAGCAGUGACGAUGGAGCAGGAUGAAGAGUCCACAGACGGAGCGAGUCCAGUGAAGAAGUCACGGUCCUCCUCCUCUGCCCCAAUCUACCUUCCCGAGUCUGGGUUCCGCUGCUCCCCCUGUGGCUUCACCUCGGAGGACCAGGCCGUGUUCCUGGAGCAUAUCAGCCACCACCGACGAGGAGGGACGGAGGGCGGGAACGGCGGCCAGCAGUGUCUACAGUGUGGCGCCUGCUUCACAUCCAUUUCUGCCCUGUCACGCCAUCGCUUCAUCACCCACAAAGUGAGAGAUGCAUCCUCUGAUAACCAGCAAUCCAUCAGUAUGCAUCCGGCACCUUCCCCUGGUACCAACAGGAACCAUGAGGAUAAGAGUUCUCUGGACAGUUCUGCACCAGCAUCGCCCUCCUCUCAAUCCUCCUUAGCUCAGGGGAAGGAAGAGGAGGGCACACUGGCCUGUAGAGUGUGUGACAAACACUUUGAAAAGGCAACAGAUCUGACAACACACUUCAGAACUCACGGUAUGGCUUUUAUCAAUGCAAGGAACGCCGGAAAAACUCCCUAAAUACGCGGGUAAGAGCAUUGUCGGUUGAUGAUGACAGAAUAUUUGCAAGUGCCUUAUAUACUGUCGACUUGUGGCUUAACACACCUUUGCAAGAAUUUAACCAAAUAAAGGUGAUAUAACGGAGUUUCUAUUUGAAUAGAUUUUUAUAGGUGAGGAUAAGAUUAAUGUUUUACUUGACACUCUGGAUCUAAUGGUGCAUUUCUGUGGUCGGUAGUGAUGACAGAGUUUCUUCAGUGAACAAUUGGUCUGGCUCGUUGAUCGCUGUGACCUGUUCACAUAAUGUUCCCGGAGAGAAUUGUGGUCCUACGAUGGUUAUGAGGGCUGUUUCAUUGAAUGUUGAAAUGUGUCUGUUUUCAUUUUAAUACUUUCAUCCCACUGAGGAGACGUAUGAACGGUAAUGCAGGUAUUUGUUUUGUUUGUUUCCUACAUAUUCUUAAUAAAAUAAUUGCAGCAGUUUAGAUUAUUAUUACCGUGGUUACUAUUCAAUGUGAAUACUUUCUUAUUUACAUUUUCAGAAACAUACAAUAAUGUUUUAUAUUGAUUUACACUUCUAAAAGCAGCCGUCGUCUUCUAUACUUUGCUAAAAUAGGAAACAAUCAAAUUUCCUUUUUGUGUUUUCUUGCUGCCUGACUGCUGAAACUCAAUGUUGGAUCUAUUGUUGCACACAGAUUGCUGUAUUCUGUCCCACAUAGUUCAUCAUAUUGUGAAAGAAUGUCUCACUGUCAGUAUUACAGUGGCCAAUAACUUUCAAUGCAUAUGGUGGGAUGUUGGUAUUGUCUCUCGAGACAAAAUUGAGCCCAACCUUUAAAUGUUUACUGAUAUUGAUAUCAUGUCCCUGUAUAUUUAUAUUGUUCUCACAUUAAAAUUGACUAAUAGGUUAUACAAUUUAAAAAUGUUGCUUUGGGAAAUGGUCUGCAAUAAUCUGAAGUGUACACACUAUUUAGUUAAUGGAGUAAACCUGUUUGAAUGUUACUGUAUCAACAUUAAAUUAACUGAUUUAUUCCUUCUGUGAGCGAGAGAUGGAAGUAAAAUUUUAAUAUUUUGGCUUUUUCUAAAUCUUUUAUGAAAUUACUGUGAACAAAAGAUCAGUAUGUGUGUGAUGUCGCUUUCUUAUGCUUUUCAUGUAAGAUGUUGAACCCUAUAUUUAUCUUCAGUCUUUGCACUGCAAAAAAAGAAAUCAGAUGUUGCAUCAUCAGUGAGUGUCAGCAGGUUGUGUUCUUGUUUGGUAGGAGUCAGUUUUAGGAGGACAUGAAAUAUGUUUAAUUUCCGUACUGUUAAACUAAAUCGUUGCUUGAUCUGAGAGGAUAAACGAGUGUUAAAAGUGUACCCUGUCAUGGGUGCUUGGAAGAUAUAGAGGGAUGUGUUUUGAUUUAGUUGCACUUUUUUUUAAUUGUUCGUGGCUGAAAUAUCUCCGGCCACAGGAUCGAUACUGAUGACUGCGUCCGCAUCUGAGUUUUAGUUUUUAAGAUCUGUUGUCAUCAGUGACCUGUUUGUGCUUACUUUCUCAGGAGAUUAUCCAAUGUUUGAACACUCAUUGUUCUAUUUAACUUUUCUGUUCCUGCAUUGAAAAAUACUUUCUAUCUAAAAGUCAAAAAAACUCUAAUAAAAAACUGGCACAUUG